CGGCCUAGAGGCUUAGAGUACCAACCCAGUCCCAAAAACCCCAACCAUGCCGCGGCCACGCGCUCCGGCUUCCGCCGCCGACUUGGUCGCCGCCAAGCUCGCCGCCCAAGGAAUCAGCGCCCAUCAGGUUGACCCCGACUACCUCAGCCACCUCCAGCACCUCCACCCCAACGGCGAUUCCUCCGCCGACUUGGUCGCCGCCAGGCUCGCCGCCCAAGGAAUCAGCGCCCAUCAGGUCGACCCCGACUACCUCAGCCACCUCCAGCACCUCCACCCCGACGGCGAUUCCUCCGCCGACUUGGUCGCCGCCAAGCUCGCCGCCCAAGGAAUCAGCGCCUAUCAGGUCGACCCCGACUACCUCAGCCACCUCCAGCACCUUCACCCCGGCGGCCAUUCCUCCGCCCUCGAGCGCCCUGCCCGCGGCCGUCCCGGCACCCCUCCCCGCGCAAACAAGUGCGAGCAGCCCGAGGAUGGCGAAGCCCGAAGCGCCCCCCUCCCCUCCCCAGCCCCGGAAGGAGGCGACCGCCCGGUGGAGGAGACGAAACUCCCCGCGGAGAUCCCUGGGAACGAAACCGCGGACAUGGAUGAGCACUACAGCACAUUCUGGAGGCACACGCGGGUGGUUGACGACAUGCUGGUGUUCGAGAUGGACGGCGAGGUUCUCAGCUACGGACAGGUGGACAGGGCUGCUGGGACAGACAAGAAGGAUGGGGAGGAAGCGGCUGCCCGGGCUGCUUCAGGGGAGAACGGCGGCGGCGUUAGGAAGGAGAAGGGGAAGGGGAAGAGGAAGGUGGGCAGGCCUGCGCUGAAGGCUCGUGUGCACGAUUCCCCUCCGCAUUGGCAAAAGGGCCGGAAGGAGAAGAAAGGAGCAAAAAAUGGUGGUAAGAAGAUCAAAGUGAUGGAGGAAGAAGAAGAUCAAGGUAGAGGAGUUAAAAAUCGUGCUCAGAAGAACAAGUCUCGUAUGCGCGAUUAUUCCCCUGCGCAUCGGCAGAAGAGUAAGGGAGAGAAGGACGGAGGAGAAAAUGGUGCUGAGAAGAUCAAGGAGGAGGAGGAAGAGGAGAAGGUGCCAGUGAUUAGCACGGGUAGGCCUCCGCUGAACGCUCGUGUUCUCGAUUCCCCUGCGCAUUGGCAACAGGGUUGGAAGGAGAAGAAGGGGGUGAAAAAUGGUGCUAAGAAGAUCAAGUUGGAGGAUGAUGAAGAGAAGCCGUCGAGGGGCCUGCCUGUGAAAACACUGAAUACUGUGAACAGAGAAAGGAAUUCAAGACAUGAUGCUGAGCCUCACGUUGCUUCGGGCUUAGAUGGUGUUGUAUGGCCUACACAUAUGAUGGAGAGGCCAGAUUCAGAAUUCAAGGAAAGGUUGAUCCGUGUUCUCCGCAAACCAUUUAGCCAGGGAGAAUACGAUAUGCUGCUUGGCAAUGCUAGAAUUCGCCUUCCGGCAACAAAGAAAAGGCAGACGCGCAGCGGUGUGAAGUACUACGACUCUACACAUGAAAGGGUGCAAUCAUAUUUUGAUUGUCACCCAGGUAUGCUUGCUUUCAUAUUAUGUGCAUACUUUUUUUUGGUUCUUUGGAUUUUUGUUACGUAAUAUUUUCCUUCUUGCUUUCAUUGUUGAAGUAUUUUCUGACAAUUAUUUCAAUCACCUGGCUGAAGUAACUUUAUGCAUUGCAUAGGAUCAGAAUCGCUUUUCCAUGCUUACCGAACAGUCUGUCUUGUUAUUUAUUACACACUUGUGGUUGUCUUUGCUUGCAAUUGUCAUUUUCCUUUUGAACAUUGUACCAUUGCGCUUUUUCCGUGAUUUGGCUUAUACGGUUGUUAAAUCUAUGCCCAGAAUAGCUUGCUGACGUUUUGCUUGAAUCUAUGGUGGACAUACACUUUCUAUAGAUACACUUUAAACCCCUGUAAGCCUAGCUUAAUUAGCAGGACUUCAAAACAAAAAGGGCUGUGGCAUUUUCAUAAUUUUGUUGCACAAAUUGUCAUGUAAUGCUUAUUGUCUUCUUUGAG